CACGUAAAGACUUUUUGAAAACAAAAUGGUGUCAUAUUAACUUCUCCAAUUGGAACUUGAUAAAAGGGAAUAUGAGCCAGAUAUGUGCAUACACUUCGUUUUAUGAAACUAGCAAUAAAUAUCUUACGUUGGAUGCUUUCUAACUAUCAAAUGGAUCAUUGCGAGAUUUUGUGAAUAAACAAGUAUAAUAAAAAAUAUUCAUGUUCCGAAAUGGCGUCGGCGAAAACGGUGGAAGUCUCCACCGGAUAUACCGGAUAUACAAAGAUAGUGUUAUUGAUCAUGCGCAGUGCGAUGCGCGUAAUGAAGCGGCUGCUGCUGCGGUUCAUUUCCGCCUUAAAACUUGACCUCACGAGCUUCCUGGAUAAGUAUAAAGCAGAUAUCCUCGACACGGAGGUCGGUGAGAAGUAUCGACACGUGCUCUAUCCCAUGCGCGGACCGGACACCACGAUCACCAAGUGGGACAUGUCGGUAUUGACGUGCAUCCUCGCCGAGGCUUUCCGGCGUAUACUGAUUCUCCACGUUAAGCGUCUGAAUGCUACCUUCGACGGCUUUCUGCGUCGUCACCGGACCAGCAUCCUUAGCUCACCGACCGGAAGGGCCUACAUGUUGAUCCUGUUUCCGAAGAGCGGAAGGGCUUCGGAAGUUAAGUUUUGGAACAUGUCGUUACUUGCCACAGUGCUCUCGAAGGCGUGUAACGACCCUCUCCACAUCCCGUCGCACCUCUUCCGGGAUAUCGGCUACAUCUGUCGACUCCGAAAGGAGCUCUAUCACAGCACGGAGCCACUGCUGACGCACGAUGAUUACGUCCGGUACUUGGCGAGCAUUAAGGGGUUUAUCGAGCGGGCCCUUGUCUACCUCGGGAGCAAGGCGUUCAAGCAGCGGGCCCUACAAGAAGUGGCGGAAAUAGAAAAGGGGAUCUUUUAUGAUACCGGAAAUGAGCGAAAGGGUGGAAUACCAAAAGAUAUUGCCGAAUCAACCAGCAUUGUAACCGAGAGAAUAGAUGUCAUCGACAAAAAGAUAGACUACCUGUAUCGAAUGGUUCAGCGGCUGGAAGGAAGCAGCCAGCUGUCUGAGCCAACUGUUGGAGGGAACGAGACGUUCUUUUCCACGGAGGACCACUACACCUCGAGGAGCGAGGGGAAUCCACUUCCGUCUCGCCUGAACCACAUCCGGGAGUCACUGAGGGAGGCUCAGAGGGACCUGCACGCUGCAGGACACCUGCGACGAUUGUCAGGAGUCGAUGAGGACGCUGUUAGCAGGGUUCCAAGAUAUUCAGAACCCGGAGGUCUGGACGACACCCACGAUGAACACGUGUGGCAUAACACCUCUUCAGCGAGGCAGCGAGUUGGAUCACCGGAUGUGAUGUCACUUCCGGUUGUAGCUCAAUAUGUUCAUUCAACACCUCGAAGAGUUCCCAGACAGUCCACACCGUAUGUGGGGCUCCAGGAGGACAUGCAUAAUUCUGGUAUACAACCCGCCAACCGGAAGUUCAACGCCUCUAAGAUGAGGCGAAAACGACUUGGUUAAUUAUGCUCUUCGGGCCAUAUUGUUCAAAUAUUGUUGUCUUAUCAAUCAUAUAUUCUUACAAAAAUUACACUUGUCACACACCAUACAUUAUUAUAAUUCUAAAUGCGUAAAGAACGUCAUCAGAGGGUUUUUGCUUCUUUAGCAAGGGCCUUAUAAAGGCCCCUUUACCCAAGAGAAAGGCCCCUUCCCCUCAGAUAAUUUCUUUUAAAUGAUGCAAUUUUCUUUACCUGUUCAGUUUUGAUGAUAAUUUUUCCACAAAAUGGAAGACCAAGCCCUUUUCCCAAAUCAAGAAAAAAACUGGGCUCUGAAAACUACUGUAUACUACUACUGGGAUUUGCUGCUACAACACCUUAUGUCCUUAGAUAUGGUCCAUAUACAUGUAACUAUGACAUUUUUCUCAAUAUUAAAUAACAACGAGUUGUUAAAGCCCUGCGCGGCGAUAUACGUUCGUGUUUUCAUUGGAUAAGUUUAUUUUGGAAAAAAUAUAGUAAAGCACAAUCCAUUAUUGUGGAUCUGAUUCGUAUUUAAAGAGUAAUUAUAUUUUUCGUUGUCAUUGUUUCAUUUUCUUUGUUUAAAACUGCCGGCUAUUGUGUUUGGCUAUAAUACAUAAUUGAAUGCAACCGUAUGUUGUUUUUGUUAAUGAUAACAUUUUAUUCACUUUCCACAUGAGCAGCGCUCUAUGAAAACGGGGCUUAAUGCGUGUACGUCAAAGGUCGUCUGAGAUUAGCCUCUGCAGUACGCACAGGCUAUCAGUGACGACACUAUCCGCUCUUAUGGUAUUUCUGUUUGAAGAAGUAUAUUCUUAGCGAAAAUCCAGUCCAAGCCCUGAAGACGUUCAUUUAGCGGACUCCACAGGCUAAUCUAAGACGGCACUUUACGUACAUGUGUUAAGCCCGUUUCGUCAGGGUGCCGAUCAAAUUCAUCAUGCGCACUUUUCCUUCACACGACUGGCCUUCGCAUGAAGCACAAAUUAAUUAAGUAUAUUCAAUUUUACAUGAAAUAUACUUUUAAGCUGUAAAUAGCUCGUUCACAUUAGUUGUUAGA